AUGACCAUGGGAGAUCAUAAUAACUGGGGAACUUCUGAACUUAAUCAUCAUCAAGUUGAACUUGAUGUUCCAAAAUUCAAGUCUGUUCAACCUCCUUCACCACCCCUCUCUCCCUCUCCAGCCUCCCCUUCUUCUUACUUGGCCUUUUCAUCUGCUUUCAGCCCAUCUGAGUUUUUGAACUCUCCUGUGUUUUUUCCUUCUCCAAAUACUUUUGCAUCUUCUACUACUGAGGCUUUGGCUGGUCAGACCUUCAACUGGAGGAGCGUUUCAGGAGAAGAACAACAACGUGACAAGGAAGAUGAGAAAAACUACUCUGACUUCUCUUUCCAAACCCAUAUUCAAUCUUCCUCAGACAUGUUUCAAGUGGAACCACUUAAGAAACAAGAUAUAUGGAAGUUCAAUGAACCUUCAGAGCAAACUGAUUUUUCAUCUGAGAGGACAGCAACACAAUCUGAAUACCCUUCAAUUCAGAGCUUUUCCUCACUAAUGGCAUCAGGCAAACCGGAAUUACAAAGCAACUCAGUUCCCGGGUCUGGUUAUUUUGAUUAUGCCAAUGCAUCUCAGGCUGUUAGAGAACAGAAGAGAUCAGGAGACGGGUUCAACUGGAGAAAAUAUGGACAGAAACAAGUGAAAGGAAGUGAAAAUCCUCGAAGUUAUUAUAAGUGUACACAUCCAAAUUGCUCAGUGAAGAAGAAAGUGGAGAAGUCUUUGGAUGGACAAAUUACUGAAAUAGUAUAUAAGGGCCAUCAUAACCACCCAAAACCACAGUCUACUAGAAGAACAAACUCUCAAUCAAUUCAUCAACCUUCUUCAUCUUGCACAAACUCAGGGAUUUCUGAUCAAUCAGUGGUGACCCUAGGGAAUCCACAAAUGGACCACUUCUCCAUACAAGAAGAUUCUUCAGCUUCUGUAGGAGAGGAAGAGUAUGAGCAAACAUCCCAAACCAGUUAUUCUGGGGGAGAUGAAGAUAACCUUGCGCAUGAGGCCAAAAGAUGGAAGGGAGAUAAUGAAAACGAUGGCUACUCCGCCUCAGGGAGUAGAACUGUGAGAGAGCCUAGAGUUGUAGUUCAAACCACAAGCGAAAUUGAUAUACUUGAUGAUGGAUUUAGGUGGAGGAAAUAUGGACAGAAGGUAGUGAAAGGAAACCCAAAUGCAAGGAGCUAUUACAAAUGCACGGCCCCUGGUUGUUCAGUGAGAAAACAUGUUGAGCGAGCUGCACAUGAUAUCAAAGCUGUGAUCACAACUUAUGAAGGGAAACACAACCAUGAUGUGCCUGCUGCACGAGGUAGCGCAAGUUAUAACAUGAACAAAAAUUCUCUGAACAGUAACAUAUCGGCUCCUAUAAGACCCUCGGCAGUGAACUGUUAUUCUAGCUCAUCAGGUUUAACAAAUUCUCUCUACAAUAAUACCAGGCUUCCAGCAAUCGGAAAUCAAGAAUCAUUUGCACUGGACAAGUUCAAAAACCCUGAAAGUUUUGGCCAUUCAGCUCUUACCAAAUCAAUGGGUUCAUAUGGCGAUCAUGCACCAUACUCAGAUGCUGCAUACUCAAAUGCCAAGGAUGAUAGGAAGGAUGACUCAUUCCUUCAGUCAUUUCUAUCAAAGGACUUCUAA